AAAAAUCAUCAUGAAAAGUCCGAAUGCGUUUUCCAAUUAUAUCGAUUUUGUCCAGAUCUACACGCCUCAAGAUAUUUAUAAUGUCAAUCGCUUUAGUGUUUUGUGUUCUGGUAGCUUUCGGAGCCGCUGACCACAUUAUGAUGGCAGACGGGUCACCACUGGAGAUAGAGGACGGACAGAAUUUGACCCAAGCCGCCACCGUAUUAAGCGAGUACGAUCCUUUGCAAAUUUGCAACCAAUUUCCGGAGCGUAUGUUCAGAACACAGUUUCACAUCAGAUGUGACGUGUUCGUAUUUUGCGUUUUCGGAAGUGUUUUUAUAAUGGAAUGUCCAAAAAAUUUUUAUUUUGAUGGUUUUGUCGGUCAAUGUGUCACCGACAAUUCUGUAUGCCGAUAACAAGUAGAAUGUUAUUUGCUCUGACAAUUGUUAUUAUAAUAUUUCCCGAUUAGGAUCAGUUGGGGAAGUCUUAUAAGUAAGGU